AUGACCAGCCUUUGGAGCCUCUCCUCGGCUGUCCGUCAUAAGUUGACUAUCCUUCCGGAUGUUACCUAUUUGUUAGUUGUCUUUCUUCUCCUCCUCCUCCAGCUCUGUGUAAAGGUCUUCUUGCAUCCUGCCCGCAAGCCAGAUCUGUCUGAUAUACCGGGCCCGUGGUACACCCGGGUCAGCCAUGUCUGGUUCUUCUACCAGCGUUGGCGCCGACGCCUGGCCCCGGCCUCGCACGCCAUCCUCCUCUCCCACGGCGACGAUACCAACGGCAUUGUCCGUCUCAGCCCCACCGUCGUCCUGCUCAACGAUGCGCCGUCCCUCAAGACCCUAUUCGGCAGGCAAGACGCCGCCACCGGUACCAAGAUCGUCCGUGCCCUGGACCUGGGAGGUCAUAGCUGGAGCAUCAUGGUGCCCGAGUUCGAUCUGGUCAGAGGUCGCAGACAGGCGGUCCAGGCGGCGACGACAGAGACCAACAUGAAGUUGUGGCAGGGGGUGCUCGAUCGCGAAGUGGAGGUGCUGCUGGGUGUCAUGAGAUCCGGUGGUGCUGUCGACGUCGUCAGGCCGUUGCGUAUGCUGACCAUCAAGGCCUCAGUGCUGACCCUUGUCGGUACCGAGAUUACCGACGCCAUGGCGCGCGAGGUCCUUGAGGCUAAUAGCCUGUUCAACCACUGCGUAGCCAACCGUCUCUGCAUGCCCGAUGCCCUCCUCUCGUUGCUGGACAUGUUGCCGUCGGGGGAGCACUUUCUGUCCCACACUGGCAUUUUUCGCACCCUCGGAUCAGGAGCAAAACUCUUCACCUUGGGGAAGAAGCUGAACAAGCUCGCAGAAGCAAAUGGGAGCAGCCAUGGCGUCCAAUCGUCGGCCUUCAACCUCCAGAGGAAGCAGAUGCGCAUGGAACACGGCGUCGAGGACAUGGACCUGCUAGGCGCCGACACCGCGGGCGGCCUGCUUGCCGGCUCUGAGACUACGGCGGCGACGCUGGCUUGGAUCCUGUUUGAGCUGAGCCGCCGCCCGGCGCUGGUGGAACAACUACGGGACGAGUUGGUCGCAGCGGGCGGUGCCAACAAGGGCCCAGAUCUGCUCGACGCCGUCAUCAAGGAGGAGCUGCGGUACCGCGGGCCCGUAGCCCUGACCAGCAACCGCAUCGUGGGAGCGGGUGGAGCGACGGUGCUCGACGGUCGGCAUUUCCUGCCUGCUGGUACCGUGGUCGUCAUGCACAACCACUCUCUCAGCCGGAGGGAUCCUCAGGGCAGCCAUGAUAUGUGGGAUCCAACGCGGUGGGUGGACGCAGGUGGUAAAGGGGCUGGUGGGAGUGAUCGUUGCACGGCGCCGUUCGGGAUCGGCAUUCGGAGGUGUCCAGGGAAGGCGAUGGCGUGGAUGGUCAUGCGGAUGGUCGUCGCUGCUGUGGUGAGGAAUUUUGUGCUGCGAUGCCCGGUUGAGACGACAGAUGAGAACAUGGAGGCUGUCGAGUUGAAUGGUAACCGUCCUCAAAAGGAGGAUUGUCGGUUGAUCUUUUUUCCUCGUGAGGAGUGA